AUUUAUAAACGAACAACUAGCGUGAGCUCCAGUGCCGACGCAUCGGUAUCUUCGAUAUCAGAAACCGUUGACGAGAAACUUGUCGAAAUAGUCAAUACUUUGAACAAGGUUAAACCUAAGGCGACAACCGGAAUACACACUAAACACUACAUCGAAACUAUGGUGCCCAGAAUAACAGAGCACGUAAAUGCAUUUCAGGAAACGAUUCAGAAUAAAUACAGAUCACUUUUACAAAAUAAAAGUGAACAAUUAAAUGAUCAAGAAAAAAGUGAAUUUAUUGAUUUUUUGGAGCAGAAUCGUCAACAAAUUGCAAAAGAACAAGGCAAAUUAGGCGAUGAUAUGUUACAACACAUAAACAAAAUAAUGGAAGAGCAAACCGUUUUGAAUGCACUGCGGGUCGAUGUGGACAAAAUUAAAGAAGAAAUACUUGAUAACAAAAACAGGAUCAUGGGUCUUCAACGUCAAGAAAGAGAAUUAGAGUACGAAAUUAAAGAGCUGAACCAAAUCGCCACGGAAAAAGACAUGGCCAGUAAUGCCAUGCGAGCCGUCGGAGUAGGAAGCCUUGCUGUUUCGGCUGUCGGCGUUGUUCUUACACCAAUGACUGGAGGCGCGAGUUUGCUUCUAUCAGGGACAGGCGGGGCUCUAGCGGCCUAUAGUUUAUCAACUGCCGAAGAAUAUAGACUUGCAGCAAAACAGAAACGGAAGGAAGCUGAUCAAGUACGGCAGGAAAUGAUUCGCAUUCAGUCGAAAAUUGAUCGUCUAAAUACUGAAAUUAACACUAAAGAAUCACAAAUAGAGAAGAAAAAUCAAACGAUAGCAAGCAUUUUAGAUGACCAAAACAUAUUGCGGAGAAUUCUCGAACAGUUGUCGAAAUUCAUGGACAUCAUUAACAAUCUGAAGGCAGUUUUACCGAUGUCUUAAAUCACGACAUAUAACUUUGGAAACAGUCCGUUCGUUGCAAAUUGUCUGUCAUGCUCAGUUAAAUAGCUAUUCCCGUGCAUGUGUGCAUUGUGUAUUUAAAUAAUUAACAAUUAUUACAAACAUAAAUACGCUUAAAGUAUCCGUUGGGUAUUCGAUAGAUUAUUUAUGUUAUUAUUAUUGCAUCUAUUUUAAGUUUUUUGUUUACUUAUUAGUUUUCUUAAAUUUUAGUUGAUUUUUCUUAUACUUAAUUUUUAUUGUCAAAUACUAACAUGGUAUCACUUAACCGAAAACAAACGAAACAAGAAUGUGUAAAUUACUGUAACAUACGCAAAAAAUAAUCAUGAACAACGAGGCACAAAAUCAUUUUUAAUAGAUAUUGAUCAUUAAUAGAAAAAGCAUCCCCAAAUCCACAUUUAAUAUGAAUGUAUAUUAUUAAAAAUAAAAUGAGAUUGUGUCAGAAUAUAAAAACAUAUCCUAUUCAAAUGGGUUUCCUAAAUGAAUCGCAUGUGUAUAUAGAUUUCUUUUAAAUUGAGCAAAUGUUAGCAAAUAGCCACUUUGAUAAAUUGAAUCAAAUAUCAUAAAUUUUAUAUUAAUUUUAAGAAUUAUCCGUUGACUAAAAAUAUCUAUGGAUUUGAUCUGCGUAAAUCAUUUCUCUCUUAAAAUGCAAUAUCAGGUAUUAACACAUUUUAGUAUAAAUAUUAUCGAUCUAAAGCUAUUUAACAAUUUGCCAGCCCACUAAGAAUUAUGAUCUAGAGAUUAUAGACCAGCGAAAAAGGGAGCAGAUGCAUUUUAAAGAUAAGCCGGAGUGAGUUUGGAAAUAUUAAUGAUCCGAAAUAUAUCAAUUAUUGUCAUUACCUGUAAUAUAUUUUUAAUUUCGCUAUAACCAUGGCUGAACUAAUUUAACAUUAAUUUAUUUAGUAUAGUGUAUUUUUAAGUAAAUUACAUUAACAAGAAUAAUGGUAAGAAUACUUUGUAUACAUGUGCAUUAUUUGACGUUUAUUGUAAAUUUUACUCUGAUUAAAUAUUUUGAAGA